ACGCUCGGAGAAGCGGCUUGCCUCGCCCCUCGGUUGCUAGGCGGAAGUCCACGCGAAGGGCGUGGGGUGGGGAAAAGAAAGGACCCGGAUGCCGGGAUCAUGGAGUUCCCUUUCGAUGUGGAUGCGAUAUUCGGGGAGCGGAUCACGACUGUGGAUCAGCACUUGCGACCACCCGGGCGACGGGGGCCCGGAUUCGCCACGACUCACAGAGUCGAUCUGCAGCAGCAGCUCAUGACGAUCAUCGAUGAGAUGGGCAAGGCCUCUGCCAAGCAACUCCAUGAACUUUCGGCUUUGCCCCUUGAGAUCAAUUUAACUGGAUAUAUCAGGGACUCAACCGUUUUGUCAAGGGAAACAUAUUUAGAUGGAGGAUCCUGUUGCGAAUGCAUCUCCAUCAGUCAGGAAACAGAAUAA